AUGAGCGUUCAUGGCAGUGACUCGACUAAAACUGCUCGUCACAGCCCUGGCAGCCCGGUCACACAUGUACCAGAAGCAAUAUUACAUCAAGAUAGUGAUGUAUCUGACACUGAGCUACAUAAAGAAGACAUUGAAGAUAUUAUAGCAAAUUAUCAUAUUAAACAGGACAAAAAACUUGCUGAACGCCUCAAAGCAUCUAUAGAUGAGAAUCAAGACAUUAACAAAGUUGAGAUAGAAAUUAGCCAAGUUAAUGACAAUCAUAUUAGUGGCAAUAAAAACCGGGAUAACCUAAUUAUUGAUAGUAAGAAUCGAAGUAGCGGUGAUAAAACCCACGACGGUGGCCAUGAAAACCAACAAGACUUUGUUGUUUGCGUACGUAAUGACGGGAAUUCAGAUGCAAAUGGUAAAAACCACGUUAGUGGCAAUAAAAACCAAAAUAAUGUUAUUAAAUCAAUUGAUGGUGGUACAAAUGAUAUCGCGAGACAGAUAGAAUAUGAAGUUGUGGAAGUUGAAUUUCAACCACCUAUUGGAGAUGUAAAGGAACCGCAUUUUGUUGAAAUUUCAGUUGGAGGAGAAGCAAGUCGAGAAGGAGCUCCGGGCAGUCCGAACAACGACUGCCUGAUGCUGUUGGAAAAUGUCCAAGUUGCCAUCGACCCAACGCUGCUCCUCGACAGUCGUGAGAGUGGACCACCCUCGCCGGCGGAAGACAAAUCGCAAAACCCAAUAUCCCUCCUAACGUCUUCCGAUGACGAUGACGUCAUAAUAGAAGAACCGCACAUAGACACCGUGGAGGUGUCCGACGAGGAUGAGGAUGACCUCCCCUUAAACAAGUUAGUGCCCAAAGAUAAUUCAGAUUUGACCAAGAUAUUCUGGGGGACACUACAAGAGUAUUACUGCUUUACGUGUGGAUUCAAAACUGUCAGUCACGCGGAGAGCAUACGUCACAGACUGGCACAUUCGAAGGUUAUUCAAAUAUGUGAGAUUUGUAAAUUCACCACCGCCAGCGAAGCUCAGUUCAUGCGCCACAAGAAAAAGCACAAAGAAGACAAAAAAUUCAAAUGCCAUUUGUGCGAUUAUAAAGCUAGACACAACAUGAGUUUGGUGUACCAUUUGAAGGGCCACGAGGAGGGGAGUAAUUUAAAUCACGGUAAUUUAAACCCCUUCGCAGACGUUGUACCUUUAAGGCAUUUUAUUAAGAAAGUCAAAAGAGUCAAGUGUACGAAAUGUAAAGCCGGCUUUUCGAAUAGAAAAGAGAUGAUGAAGCAUUACAAGAUGUGUAAAAAAUUUACUAUAUUCAAAUGUGAUACUUGUACCUAUGUAACAAAAAGGAGAAGCGACCUGAAAAGGCAUAAGACCUCAGUGCAUUUGAAAUCGAAUAGGAAAAAAACAAACGAUGGCAACGACGAAGAUUACAACCCAGAAUGA